AUGCUGUUUGCGCUAGUCCUCAUUGAUAAUCAUAAUUCAAGUAAUUGUUUUGCAAUUUGCAUGCAGAAAUGGGAUGAGAGUAAGCAAUGGAAAUACGGAUUCCUGGCACUAUAUAUUGGCGCUAAUGGUCUGCACAAUUUCAUUGGGCAUCAAUCUUCUUCGAGGAUAAUACCGCGUUGUCUGAAGAACCUGGUUUGCUCCUUGACCUUUUAUCCUUCCUGUAGUAGUUUUAGUCUUUAACUUUUGCGUAAAGUCUUUCAUGUGGAGAAAUGCAACUAUGAGCAAGUCUUUCACAACUGUCUUUCAUAUUGGACUUUAAACUUUGCUUUGUGUGGCUCUUUUGUGAGGAAUGUUUGAAUUUUUGAAUGGAAGACACAUAAUAAUUAAGAAAUAUGGCUCAAGUUCCCAAUGAGCCAAGAUAAUAUAUUGUUAUCCCUGUA